UCCAGCUUUGAGAUGGCUCCAUUGUUUCCCACUUUUUACUUGUUUGCUGCAGGGAUUUUUCCUUUCUUACUCUCCUUGGGGUUUGUGGAAGGUGGGCGGCUGCUGGUGAUCCCUCAGGAUGGAAGUCACUGGCUCAGCAUGCGUGCAGUGGUGGAGAAGCUCAGUGAGAAAGGACAUGAAAUAGUAGUGCUUGCUCCAGAAGUUAAUUUGCUCUUGAAAGAAUCAGAGCACUACACAAGGAAAACGUAUGCUGUGCCUUACAUCCAGGAAGAUCUUGACCAGAGUUUUAGUAAAUUUGCUAACAGUCUCUUUCGUGAGGUCUCCUUUCCCUACACUAUCCUUGCAGAAUACCGGAAUAACAUGUACGUCGUUAACAUGUUUUUUCACAACUGUGACAGCCUGCUGCAGAGCAGAGAAAUCAUACAAUACUUGGAAGAGAGUAAAUUUGAUGCACUCUUCACAGACCCAGCAUUGCCAUGUGGGGUGAUCCUGGCAGAAUAUCUCUCCAUCCCUUCUGUGUACUUCUUUCGUGGUUUUCCAUGCAGUUUAGAGCAUGCAAUCAGUAAAUCUCCGAACCCUGUUUCCUAUGUCCCAAGAUGCUAUACCAGCUACACAGACCACAUGACAUUUACCCAGCGAGUGCUGAACCUAGUUGUUAGCACUUUAGAGACACCACUGUUUAAGGAUUUGUAUACCAAAUACCAAGACAUUGCUUCAAAGUUUCUCCAGAGAGAUGUGCACUUACCAACACUUUACAGAAAUGGCUCCAUAUGGCUCCUGAGAUACGACUUUGUGUUUGAGUAUCCCAAACCAGUGAUGCCCAACAUGGUCUUCAUCGGAGGCAUAAACUGUGAGGAGGGGAAGAACCUAUCUCAGAAUCUGCAAGUCCAGGGACACCUGGCUCAAGCUGCAUCCUCUACAGUAAUCCAUGCAGUUCACUUCAGACCCAGAGGUGACCAUUAUGACCAGAGCAAAGCUGGAGAGAUCAGCAUCAGCCAACACAUCCCACCCAAGGAUCAGGCAAAGAAAGAGGCAGAGGACAUGACAGAGUUGUGA